AUGUCAUGGCAGCCGCGCUUGAUCUCGACCACCAUCAACGACUCAACACCCCUCCGCCUCAUCCAACGUUUGCUGUUCAAGCUGAAUGCAGGUACCGCCUACAUGACAGGCAAGACACAGCCCUCCCAUCUGGUACCAUCUCCCCCCAACGGGUACCAUACCUGCCGGGGCGGCCUGGCUUUGCAUAACCGCGAUGUGGAGGUUGCCCAGCCGCAGCCGCCCGGCGAGAUGCUGCACUCUCGACCGGAAGCAGCAGCGAGGGGAGCCCCCCGCCGCCCCGCGAUGGCCGACGUCAACCCGCCACGGAAUGAGGGAAAAGAUCUCGCCCCCUCGGCGGCCGCGAGCCUUGUCUCAGUUGCAUCAUCCGAAAGACCGAGACCCUCUCCCGAGAGACGCGCAGCUCUGUCCUCGCAACCUCGAAAUCCUAAGACACUGUCAGGGUCUUGCGCCUCUGCCCAAAAUAUUGAGUAA